AUGAGGGUGGACCUCAGAGUCCUGAUCCAGCAAGGUCAAGAGACAUCGGCCGACUGUAGGCCAGCAGAAGAGAGCGAGGUGGAGGAGGUCAAAGAUGAAGAUGUUGAGGUCCUGCAGGCUGCUGCUGUGGCAGCGAGCCUAUGUCGGGAGGGCUCCGACAUCUUCACCUCAGUCAGAGAGAAUAGUCCAACAGGUGAAUUCAUCUCCAGCAUCAACAUCACUGCAGGUCCACGAGCUAACACCAUCCGCCUGUGUCUGUCGGGACGCAACGCCAACUGGUUCUACUUAGAGGGCCGGACCAUCAGACUCAACUCCUCAGUGUUCAGAGUCCUCGACCGAGAGGUGGAGGGAUCAGUGCUCAUUGCAGAGCUAAUUUGCUAUGAAAAUGACAUCAUACAGGGUAACUACAGGAUUUUGGUGGAGAUUCUGAAUGAAAAUGACAACAAACCAAACUUCCUGUUGGAGACAAUUCAGCCGUUCACCAUCAGUGAGCUGACAGCAGUGAACUCGGUGGUUUUCACUGUGAAGGCUGUUGAUGCAGAUGGGGACAUGAUCAGCUACAUCAUCGACCCGUCAUCACAAGAUGCCGAGUUCUUCAGGAUCGACCUGCCCAAUACUGGAAAGGUAGUUCUGAACAAACCUCUGGACUAUGAGACGAGAACUCACCUGCAGCUCAUCAUGUGGGCCCAGGAAUCAAACACUGUGGACAAGUUCAACACAUCUGCUGUUCUCAACAUCAACAUCGAGGAUGGUGAUGACCAGUAUCCUCACUUCUUGCCCUGCACACCUGUGUCUCCAGGUGUGCCUGUCUGCAUGAAUCCCACCUACACAACCAACAUCACACAGAAACACCAGGACGUGGGUCUGGACUUUUCUCCUGGCCCAAUCACAGCAGAGGAUGGAGACAAAGGGAUCAAUGCUCCUCUCACCUACACCAUCCUCUCAGGUGAUGAUCAGGGCAGGUUCACGAUCAACAACACAACAGGUGAGAUCAGGUUAACCAGAGCAGCAGAUGAUCAACGACUGACAACAAACUACAUGCUCACAAUCAUGGUAUGCCAGGUGGAUGACAGGUUGAAGUACAGUGUGGCGUCAGUUCUGGUCAGAGUUCUCUAUGAGAACGCAUUUCCUCCGGCCUUCAACAGAACCACUUACAAAGGUUUCAUCAUCCAGAGCUCUAGCCCUGCCUCCAUCGUCUCCACCUAUGGGAACCAGGUGUUGCAGGUCCAGGUGUCAGACCGUGACUUCCCUGAUGGCAGGAACCCAAAUAUCCACUAUUUGCUCCAUCCUCCAUCCGAAUUGUAUCAAGUCACAAAGGAGGGGGUUCUGAUCGCCAAGACAAACCAACUACGCGCCUUUGACAGACAAAUCCUACAGGUCAUCGCCAGAGAUGAAGAGUCGGGAGAAGAAGUGUCAGCUUCAGUGGACAUCGAAGUCCUGCAGAGAGGCCAAGCAGUGCCAAGUGGUGCGUUCAAGGAGCAACAGUUGUUUGGAGACGUGGACAGCACGCUGGCAGGAGGAAUCGCUGUGCUUAUCCUCAUCGUGCUGCUCUCUGCGAUUCUGUUUCUGCUACUUUGGACCGUCCAUAGGAGACGCGUGCAGAACCCUGAGGAUCGCCCCGCCAUCGCCUUCGGAAAACAUCCCAAUGUGAGGUUACUGUGGUUUCACAUGGUGAGCAGCCCACCUGUCUUCAUGGACGAGUCGUCACACGGCAGCAGAGCUUUUACUCGUCAGUCUGGCAGUUUUCAUGGCAGACAAGGAGUUUACACCAGGAGGCCAUCUCUGCUUCCUCCUCCAUCAUCAUCACAGCUCAGCGAGCCUGGAGAGAGCAGGACCAGACCCCCUCUUCCUCCUCCAUCAUCAUCAUCACACCUGUUUACUGUUGCAGAGAAACAUGAAGGUGGAGCUCACACCUGGGAGGAUCUGAGGUUGCCAGUUGAGCCCGCAAGUAUUCAUGGUGAAGACAUACCAGCAGUCAACACUGGGAUGCCUCAGAGAGAUGAAAACAUGAAGACUGAUUGAUCAGAGGAGAUGCCACUGGUGUCCAAACCCUACCAAUCAGAAACCAGAAAGAAACAAGUCACAUAUUCAGCCAAUUAAAGAGCAGGAAUCCAAACUGUACUUUAGUCAUACUCGUGAUUCACUUUUUUUUUCUUCUGGCGGCCUUAUUGGGGGUUUUUUGUGGAGAAAAAAAGUUCAAAAAUAAAAACAAACUUUUAAUGAUGUCAGUCUUUUUAUUGUUUCCAGAAGAUUAAUUAAUUUUGUUCUGAUAAUCAGAUCUCGACUUUAAUAAAUCAGGAUUUUACAGACACAUUUGUAAAAUCAACCCAGCCAUCUGUCCGUCCAUCCAGCCAUCAUCAAUUCAGGUAUCCAUUUGUCUGUCCAUCCAUCCUUUACUGUUAAAAGUCCGCUUGUUCAUUGUAACUGUUUAUACUACGUUACCCAUGAUGCACCUCGGUAUCUGUACUUCCGGUUGUGAACGUGUCCAGUGCAGUUCUGCACAGAUGGGAGGUGUGUCGGAGGAUAACGUAUUUACUUGCAUUCCUGUGUGAGUUAAUACUGUGUGCGUGCUUACCAUAUGACCAUAUACACACUCACACCCCCUUUACCUGCAUGUGAAUACUGUAAUGCCUCCCUACCAACGCUGUACAUCCUGUUGAUGUCAUCUGCCACCUCCUUAGUAAAGUUAUUUGAACUACAUCACUGUGGAGUACCAUUCCUUCUGACCGAGGACGACUCAGUUGAAGCGUGAUCGGCAAUCAGUGCAAACAUACAUUACAUUUACCUUACCCUAACCUGUCACCUGAGGAGUCAGUCUUGUGUUCAUGUUUAUCAAUCAGGACUAUUGAUCAGUUUCUUCUUUUUUUGGUUGUAAAAAAAAAAAUCAUCAUCCCCUACUGCAGCUCUCGAGGUGGAAGCUAAAGCUCUUCACCUUCCUCACUUCUCCCUGGCUCUUCUUCACACUAAAAACAGUUAUCAUGUUUCCAGUGAGAGAUCACGUGACCGGUAGUCCUUGUGACAUCAUCGUGUUGCAGAAAAAAGCAUAUUAAACACAUAAAGAAAAAUUUAUAAAACGGAUCAGUAUUGAUUACCUGCACUGAUAAUGUCUGAUAAUAAAACACAUUUUAUUUAA